UGAUAAAGCAAUGAUCAACACCUUCUGAUGACAGGUUUCAAUGGCUUCACCUUUCUGUAAGCGAUUUGUAAAAAAUCAUGUGAUAGCCGGAUUUAUUGAGCAUGGAUGUGAAGAUAAUUAUUCAUUGAACAGCAGAAUGAAGGCUAAAAAAGGGAGAUGUCGGCUGAGUCCGAACGAAGAGGCUCGGCUAAUGAAGGAGGAGACAGAGAAACGACGACGACUCAGGCUUCAGCAGGUGAGAGAGCAAUCUAAUCUGAAUGCUGCUAGGAUCCGCCAGGCUGUCAAACAGGAAAAGAACAGGCAGCUCCAAAAGUUGGCAUCCAACCUUCAGAAUAAUCUGGAGAGUGAGAAAGAGGAAAAGAUAAGGCAUUUGGAGAACCAGUAUGAGAACAGUUUACGAAGUAUAGGUCAAGGUCACCGGGAAGCCAGUGAACAGGUGAACGUGGAGGAAGAGGGCUAUCUUUUACAGCAGGAGUCCAACAGACGAGCAGAAAAUCGGUUCAAACAGGCCCUGGAGAAACAGCGACGUGAACAGAUGUUCCAGGAGUACGAACAAAAGUACCAGAUCAUUGCCAGACAAGUAGCCUUAGAUGCAGAGAAAGAGAGAGCCAAAAAUAUAGCUUCUCUACCUCCUCCUCCAAAAGAUCCAGUUCUAGAUCUGGCUCAACCUGAGAGGAAGUCCGUGAAGAUGACAGACAUUGAUAACUUCACCACGACCCACUACCACAUCAAAGAGGAGUACGCUGUGGACAAAGCUAAACCUACAGAACAGGAAGAUGCUAGGAAAGCAGCAGAGGAGGAGGAACUAAGGACAAAAGAAAUGGACCUGGAAAUGGUCCGUCUCCAUAACGACCGCCUGUCCAGGGCCAGAGUGAGGCACAAUAAUGCCCUAGAGAAAGAGCUUCUCUCUCAUGACUACAACCAGAUUUUACAUGACCUCAGUGACCUCCAGAGAGCGGACCGAGACAGGAGACAGAAGGUGGUGGCUAAUAUCCCAAAGCAGGUAUUCGAGCCCCCACAUCGGAGACUGGAGGACAAAGAUGAACGACAGAAGAACAUGGAGGAGGCAUUUGAGGACAUGUACAUGGCCGACACAAAUUACAUGGGUGACCUGAGUCUUGCUCUUGACCCCCAUCCUCCCCUAGACACUCCCUCAGCCACAGAGUCCCUUGAGGCAUCAGUCCUGACAGACACAACUACCCCCUUACAGCAACCCCCUGUCUCCAGGGUCCCGACCAUACUAAAGGAUACCUCCAACAUACAGAAAUCCCAGGAUGACAUCAGUGUUCAGAAACAGCCAGAGAAAGUUCUGAAGAAACUGAUGGACAGAAUCAAGUCCCAGAGACAGGAAUGGAUGUCUAAAUCCAUGCAGGAGGUUCCUAAUGGAGGUGCAUCCAUGACAACCAAACCCGCCCAGGCAUCCCCAGGGAAGAGCACAGCUGCCACCCUCUCUGAGUACUCCCUGUCAGAACAAGGCUCACCAGGCACUGAGAAUGUAGAACCUGUCAAAGUCAUUCAACCAGAAAAGUUACCACGGCAACAAAUAUAUCACUAUCCCCAGGAGAGGUCAAGGCCAGGACAGAGGGAAUCAGCAAAUCAGGUUAUGGAGCCGGUGUUUGGUGGCCAGAAUGUCCGUUCCGUAGAAGAUGUCUUGGAACAACAGAGGGAAAUAGAGGAACAGAAGAGACAGCUUGAGAAGAAGCUCCAGGAACUGAACAGAAGACAACAACAGCUCAACACUUCUGUUGGAGGGAACAUUUCACCAAGAUAUGACCAGGAAAACAUCACAGUUAAUGGCCAAGUUUAUCAGCAACAACAAGGAAUGAAGGCCCCAUCAUCAUCCUCUGGAUAUCCACAGAAUAGCCAAGUCCCUCAGCCACAGUACACCUCUGUACCCCAGCCAGUUCAGAAUGGGCAGUCAUUAAGUGAAGUAAAACAGACAUCUCAAGGGUAUAAUUUUCCACCAGCAAGUGGGCCACCCUUAAUGAAUGGGCAGACAACUCUUAAUGGGCAAAUGUGGGCAGAACCACCUCAGUCCAUUCGUUCUCAGGUAUCCAUGGCAUCAGUCUCCUCUCACAGUUGGGUGGAGCCUCCCUCUCUUUCUCAGUAUACCAUUCCAUCAAGUUCAUCCAUUCCAAAUGCUCAGACAGCCCCACCAUUUUCAUAUUUUUCUGCACCCUCUGUUACAACUACUGCUUCCAUCCAACCUCACGUGAGUGCUAGUCAGCCAGCCAUGGCUCGUUCAGGGGCACCUGGAACAUUCAUUACCCCUUCACUGCCAAUUCCCUCCACAAUCUCAAUGACUGUGCCAACACAGUCACAGCUACAAGCAGAACACAUGAGGAAAGUGAAAGAAUACCAGCAACAACUUCUACUCAAGCAUGAACAGAGUAAGAGGGUCCUGGCGCAGACCAGGGCAGAAAUUGAAAGACGAAGACAAGAGCUUCUUCAAAGGUUUCCUCAGUUGGAGUUCAAGUCUCCAGUGGAUGGCUCUGCAAAGCAGGCAGAAAAUGGAUUCAGUGAAGGUGUUCAAGUAACCAGUCAAGGAGAACCUAAGCUUCUAACCUCAAAAACUCUCUCUCCAAACAAGGCUGCCAUGACAUCCCUUCUAUCUCAGUUAGCAAGUAAUCCAUACUACUCUGCCAGACUCUCUGGACCAGCAGAAGAACAGCAACCCCCAGAAGCCAAAACAGAGAACGGAAAAAAUAAAUUUCAAAAAGUGAGGAAAUCUCUGCCCUUUGAUGCUGAUGAUACAAUCCACGAGACACCAGGGAAACCAGGAAGAUCCCCACUCUACCAACCAAGCCCAGGCUCAACCACUGCUAAUGAAACCACAGAUCUGAAUGAUACUACCAUGUCUUCUUCCACAGAGAGGGGGAGUCCGGCAUUACCGGGAAGGAGAUCUGGUUCCACCACCGCCGAGUCGGACCUCUCCCUGCUCAGCACUGCCAGAGAGAGAAAUGACAUCUUUGAGCAGAGGCAGCUGGAGUUGAGGCGGCAGUUAGAGGCCAUACAGAGACAGAAGGAAGAGAUUCUACAGCGCCACCAGGUGGUGCGGGGACAGCUGCCACCUCAACAGCUGUCACCGCCAAAAGAUCCUCUUCUAGACUCAGAGGAAGAUUCUUCAGAAGUAGAGUUCUCUGACGACCAGUCACCCAUGGCAGAUAAACCAAGUCAAAGGUUAGCCCCUCCCAAUAAAAUGGCAACACUACUAGGAGACCACAGGCCUCAUGAACUAAGUACUAUUCAAGAGAUAGAAACAUCCCCCUCUAGUGCUAGACAUUCUGGAGUCACGGCAUCCAGUCGCCACAGCCUGUCCUCCACUGAGAGGAGCUCUAUAGAAAGCAAUCAGCCACCACCUCGUGUGGAACCAGCAAUCACACCGACAGACAGACGGACAGCUGAUGACAUGGGGUAUAAGACGGCACAGCUGAAUGAGGUGAUGGCCAGAGCAUCCGAGUUCUCCCCAGGGGUACUGGACAGGCUGAAGCAGAAAACCAAUGAUGUGUUUUAUAAUCUGAAGGAGGAAGACUCUGAAGACUCGUAUAAGAUGAUGAACUACACACCCAACUCACUCUCUACUGGAGCUUUGGAAGAACUGAAUGCAUCUUCUACUCUCUCUACAACUCCUGGAUCAAUCUCCAUGGUAACACCUGGCUCAGAAAAAUUGUCAGGAGUUCAGACUCAAGCUGCCAAAACCCAAAGUGACAGCACAGACGGGUCACUCCGAAGUUCUAAAUCUUGGGCAGACGAACUUGUGUCGUUUCAUAAACUUCAACCCGAGAGAGCUUCUGUUGAAUCGAAUUCAAGGUCAGUUAAGGAGUCUGUGGACAGCAGUGUGGCUGACAAUGCUCCACACACGGCACCAGUGGACAGGAGUUACAAUGUCGUUCACAUGAGGCAGGGAAAAGUUUCUCUAGAAUUCGUCAAAGUUGGCUCAGACAUGGAUCUGUCACAGUACCCAAUAUCUGAGUCCAGCGAUAAAUCCGACCGAGGUGGUGUGUCCCCUGCUGGCAGACUGGAGUCAGAGCUUUCCCAGUAUCCAAUCUCCUCGGAGGUCUCCCCAAGCAGUCAAGACAAUGGCAGAUACAACAGAGUAUCUCCACACGAAAAGGACAGUGAACUUAAUCCAGCAAGUCUAGCAUCUACAUCUGAGAGUACCAGCAGCUACUUGGAUUUAAAAAUGGACAAUAGCACUAUGGGAACUAGGGAGUUUGAUUUUAUUGGACAAAGUCGAGUUCAGAUUAUACCCGAUAACACUUCAGGGGAAUUCAUUUCUCCGGAGGCUCAUCCUUAUGAUGUCAGUGGUAAAGUAGACUAUGCCAGUACACCCAAUUAUAAAUCAGUGCAACCAUCCACAAAGAGACUGUCUCAAAUAUCACAGUUCACGGCUUCUCCAGAAGAGACAGAAAUCCAGGCGGGAUCAUCCACAUUCCCCCGGUCAGAGGGACAGUUCCGAGCUCUCUCUCUUCACAUGGAUGACUCUGAACAUCAGUCUCCAGCCCAGCCUUUGGUCUUCACCAAGGUCUCGGGUCACGGUGGCCUCUCUCGGGUCUCAGAGGUGGGAGAGAGUCAAACAUCAGACCAGAGUAACAGGUCAGAUUAUAAUCUUCUGUCCAAGCUUCCUGAUGAGUCCUCUCUCAGUCAGUUUACAGUGACCACUACUGACCAGUCUUCCAAGGAUGACCUCUCCUUGACCCAGAUAACAGUGAAUACAGACUAUCCAUCAAAAGCAUUGGGAUCCUUGACCCAGUUUUCAUUCAAGUCCAGUCCUGAUGUCCAUGCUAAAACUGAUUCUUCCCUGAGUCAGUACAGCGUUGAUAGUCCUGGGGCACAUAGUUUGUCUGAUAAAUCGGGAAAAAACACCUCAUCUUCCUUGAGCCAAGGAGAAGAGGAUGAGAGUUUCGUGGCACAGAAGUUUGCUAACUUAGAGCAAUUAAUGCAAGAGUCACGAGACUUAAUUACCAAACAUAAACAGCUUAUUACAAAGAAUAGGGAGAUUAGUCCAUCAGGUUCAGGGGGUGUGUCUAGUGUUUUAACCACUCCAGAGAGCCAGAUUGAGGCUGCUCCAGAUAGUUUCGCCGUGAAGCAGACAUAUCCUGCUGAAAUUGAGAGCCAAGUGGAACUCAGUGCUGACAAUCAUCCAAGUUACCUGGAGAGCAGCAGUUUUCAACAGUUGACAAUGGAAAGUGGUAUCAUGGAUGAACCUGAUUUGACCUUGCUGUCCGUGACCUCUGACAUUGCCGGACAGGACAACACAGAGGACAUGACAGGGGAAAUAACUCAUCGGUCAGAUGGAACCAGUGGGGGAGACUCAAUCUUGUCUUUCGAGCAACACGAGCAAAGUUUACGGAGUUCUCCAGACAGAGAACUCAGUGAGAGCUACUUCCAAGAUUUAGCAGUACCCCGAACCAAUGACAACAACAGUGCCUCUCGACCUGUGGUCCCAGUACAGAGAGAUGCUGGGGACGAGAAUGUCUUCAGAGCUGUCCCAGUUAUGGUGAGCCCCACUCUCUCCCUCUCCAUGAAGUUCAGCAGCUCUGAUAUCAAGGUCAACAAACCCCCUGUAUCCUGGUCAAAAGAGCCCGAGGAAAGUGAUAGUAAAUCGGACCAAAAACCCAAACGCAAAUCAGACCCUCUGAUCAGUAAGGUCCAAGAGCAGAAGUCCGAGCUUGAGAAAACAGCCAAAGAGGCCAAACAGCAGGUACAGAAAUCCUCAGGACUAAAUAAGGCCCUACAACCCCGGGGUGGGGGAUCAGGGGCACCUGCUCAAGGGAAAACGGUGACCAAGUCCAGUAAAGACAGCAGUAAGCCUAUCAGUUUGGGUCAGUUCAUCAGCUCUAGGAAGGAGGGCUCUACACUGAUGGGGAAGAAAUCGGAUAAUAAACCCGUCCCGCUGCCAAAACCCCAGAGACCCGGGACAGGGACCGUGAAUGGAGGGACUGGUAUGUCUAAAACCCUGUCCUCCUGGAAAAAGAGUAGAGGAAUCAAGUCCACAGUUCCACCUCCCACCAAGUCCAAUGAUCUACCCUCCUCCUCUUCCAAAUCCUUCCCCUCCCAGAGGCCGGUCACCUCCCACAGCUCAGAGGAUAGGAUGUAUGAACGGAAUGUCAGGGCAUACAAUCCUCGAUUGUUUAGGUUACAAAAUAAAAUUGCCCACCAAGAGAACCAGAUGUCAAAAUCGGAGGAUGAUCACAAACAGAAAUCCUCUUCCCACACAGAAAAAGUCAAGGAGUUCCAAAAGAAACUUCAAGAAAACAUGAUGAAAAAGCAGCUAAUGAAGAAACAUCAAUCUAAGUAGGAGGAGGAUCCAAGCAUGAAAGGGAGAGAGGAGUGGAUCUAAGAUUUCAUUGGACAUUAUUUGUACAGCUGACAGUAGAAUUGUAAAUAUAGUACUUACUUAUUUCGUGUGCUAGGUGCUGAAAAUAUGCAUUUACAGAUAUGUGUCGGAUGUACAAUCCAUUGUUAAAAGGAAAUUUUGUUAAAAACAGAGUUUGCUGUCAUUACCUGGGUAUAAAAUAUGAUAUUAAAUUUGUCAAAAUAUUAAUUUAUAUACCUAUAUUGAUAAUAUCUAAAUAUGAAAAUGUAUUGAAAUAAAAUUUCUAAUAAAAAUAUAUUUGUCUAUUGAUGGACAUCCUUUAUACAUGUAACUAUAUAUAUAUUUAUUACAAC